GGGCCAGAUAAGAAAAUAAAAGCAGGCUGCUGGAGCCAGCAUUGGCAACCUGCUCAGGUCCCUUUCCACACUGUGGAAGCUUUGUUCUUUCGCUCUUUGCAAUAAAUCUUGCUACUGCUCACUCUUUGGGUCCACGCUGCUUUCAUGAGCUGUAACACUCACCGCGAAGAUCUGCAGUUUCACUCCUGAGCCCAGCGAGACCACGAGCCCACCGGGAGGAACAAACAACUCCAGAUGCGCUGCCUUAAGAGCUGUAACACUCACCGCAAAGGUCUGCAGCUUCACUCCUGAGCCAGCGAGACCACAAACCCACCAAAAGGAAGAAACUCCGAACACAUCUGAACGUCAGAAGGGACAGACUUCCAGACGCGCCACCUUAAGAGCUGUAACACUCACCGCAAGGGUCCGUGGCUUCAUUCUUGAAGUCAGUGAGACCAAGAACCCACCAAUUCCGGACACAAUAAUAUGGGUUUUAGAGGAAGACUUGGGUUCAAACCUUACUUGGUAGCUCUGUAGUAUUAACAAGUUGUUAAAUUUCUUGGUAACAUUGUGGUGAAAUUACUGUAGAAUGCAAGAGGGAAGGGUGCAGUAAUUCAAACCUGUAAUCCCAGCACUUUGGGAGGACAAGGUAGAACAAUCACCUGAGACCAGGAGUUGGAGACCAGCCUCACAACAUAGUAAGACUUCAUAUCACACACACACACACGCUGGUAUGAUGCCUCAUUUGUAGUCCCACCUAUUCAGAAGGCUGAGGCAAAAGGACAACUUAAGCCCAGAAGUUUGAGGUUAGAGUGAACUAUGAUUGUCAUUGCACUCCAGCUUGGACAACAGAGCAAGAACUUGUCUCUAAAAAAUAAAUACAAAAUAAGAAUACAAUGGUCUCUGACAUUGACAGAGCCUGGACGUUGGAGGAAGCCCCAGGACGUUGGAGGGGUAAAGUAAAAGUCCACAGUUACCGUGAGAGAAAAAAGAGGGAGAAAGCAGUGCAGGCAAACUCAGAAGAAAAGAGAGGAGGAAAAGGACUCGACUUUCACAUUGGAACAAUCUUCUUUCCAAUGCUAAAGGAUCUCUGAUCUGGGCAACAACACCCUGGACAUGGCUCCAGAGAUCAACUUGCCGGGCCCACUGAGCCUCAUUGAUAACACUAAAGGGCAGCUGGUGGUGAAUCCAGAAGCUCUGAAGAUCCUGUCUGCAAUUACGCAGCCUGUAGUGGUGGUGGCGAUUGUGGGCCUCUAUCGCACAGGCAAAUCCUACCUGAUGAACAAGCUGGCUGGGAAGAAAAACGGCUUCUCUCUAGGCUCCACAGUGAAGUCUCACACCAAGGGAAUCUGGAUGUGGUGUGUGCCUCAUCCCAAGAAGCCAGAACACACCCUAGUUCUGCUCGACACUGAGGGCCUGGGAGAUAUAGAGAAGGGUGACAAUGAGAAUGACUCCUGGAUCUUUGCCUUGGCCAUCCUCCUGAGCAGCACCUUCGUGUACAAUAGCAUGGGAACCAUCAACCAGCAGGCCAUGGACCAACUUCACUAUGUGACAGAGCUGACAGAUCGAAUCAAGGCAAACUCCUCACCUGGUAACAAUUCUGUAGACGACUCAGCUGACUUUGUGAGCUUUUUUCCAGCAUUUGUGUGGACUCUCAGAGAUUUCACCCUGGAACUGGAAGUAGAUGGAGAACCCAUCACUGCUGAUGACUACUUGGAGCAUUCGCUAAAGCUAAGAAAAGGUACUGAUAAAAAAAGUAAAAGCUUUAAUGAUCCUCGGUUGUGCAUCCGAAAGUUCUUCCCCAAGAGGAAGUGCUUCGUCUUCGAUUGGCCCGCUCCUAAGAAGUACCUUGCUCACCUAGAGCAGCUAAAGGAGGAAGAGCUGAACCCUGAUUUCAUAGAACAAGUUGCAGAAUUUUGUUCCUACAUCCUCAGCCAUUCCAAUGUCAAGACUCUUUCAGGUGGCAUUCCAGUCAAUGGGCCUCGUCUAGAGAGCCUGGUGCUGACCUACGUCAAUGCCAUCAGCAGUGGGGAUCUACCCUGCAUGGAGAACGCAGUCCUGGCCUUGGCCCAGAUAGAGAACUCAGCCGCAGUGGAAAAGGCUAUUGCCCACUAUGAACAGCAGAUGGGCCAGAAGGUGCAGCUGCCCACAGAAACCCUCCAGGAGCUGCUGGACCUGCACAGGGACAGUGAGAGAGAGGCCAUUGAAGUCUUCAUGAAGAACUCUUUCAAGGAUGUGGACCAAAUAUUCCAGAGGAAAUUAGGGGCCCAGUUGGAAGCAAGGCGAGAUGACUUUUGUAAGCAGAAUUCCAAAGCAUCAUCAGAUUGUUGCAUGGCUUUACUUCAGGAUAUAUUUGGCCCUUUAGAAGAAGAUGUCAAGCAGGGAACAUUUUCUAAACCAGGAGGUUACCGUCUCUUUACUCAGAAGCUGCAGGAGCUGAAGAAUAAGUACUACCAGGUGCCAAGGAAGGGGAUACAGGCCAAAGAGGUGCUGAAAAAAUAUUUGGAGUCCAAGGAGGAUGUGGCUGAUGCACUUCUACAGACUGAUCAGUCACUCUCAGAAAAGGAAAAAGCGAUUGAAGUGGAACGUAUAAAGGCUGAAUCUGCAGAAGCUGCAAAGAAAAUGUUGGAGGAAAUACAAAAGAAGAAUGAGGAGAUGAUGGAACAGAAAGAGAAGAGUUAUCAGGAACAUGUGAAACAAUUGACUGAGAAGAUGGAGAGGGACAGGGCCCAGUUAAUGGCAGAGCAAGAGAAGACCCUCGCUCUUAAACUUCAGGAACAGGAACGCCUUCUCAAGGAGGGAUUCGAGAAUGAGAGCAAGAGACUUCAAAAAGACAUAUGGGAUAUCCAGAUGAGAAGCAAAUCAUUGGACCCAAUAUGUAACAUACUCUAAAAGUCCAAGGAGCAAAAUUUGCCUGUCCAGCUCCCUCUCCCCAAGAAACAAGAUGAAUGAGCAACUUCAGAGUGUCAAACAACUGCCAUUAAACUUAACUCAAAAUCA